UGUAAUGCACUAGUAAGGUGGGGGAAAGGUGACAUACUGGGUGUCGGCUUAUUCCUUAUCUAUUCGUUUCUUUUAUUGUUGUUCUUAUCUGAAUUCUAAACAUCGAUAUUCAUCGUGAUAGUAUGAAAUCUCCCGCUAAUUGUCAAAUGGAUUUCAAAGUUUUGGAAAAAUUGAAUCUUGAUAAUUAUCCAGAUGUAUUAGAAAAAUUGAAAAAAUGUCAGGAAACAAAGGAAGUUUGGGAUGUUUUGCGUACUUUUGAAAAUUCACUGGACAAAGUAAUUACAGAGCUGGAGAAGAAUGUAGACCCUCAGGAACUUUUAGAUGAACUCCAUAGAUAUAAUGAUAUGAAGGAUAUGACCCAAUCAGUGAUUGGAACAUUAGCCAAUAUUCAAGGAAAUACAUUAGCUAAAGUCCACGAACAAUUCAAUGUUAUUUCUGACUGAUGCAGUAAAUAAGUGAAAAAUGUCAUUUCUGUAAUUAAGAAUAUAAUAAAUUAAAAUAAUUUUUAUAAUAAAAAUCAUAUUUGAAUACUCUUUGCAUACCUUCAAGAGUAAUAUAGUUUGUGAUAAGGCAGUGGACUAGGCUAAAGCUGUGCUGAAUUUGACAGCAAAUUAGUUUUAUAUUCUGUAAACUAAAUAUAGAAACUGGAAUCAGAAGAAUCCAAUUAAUAUAAUUAUUCAAUGAGACAAUAAAUAAAAUAUAGAGCAUAAAAUUAUAGAACAUACAUAAUAAAAAGUAAUAUGGGUAAUGAUAGGAUUGUUUCAGUUUGUAAAUAAGUAAUCAUAAAAAAAAAAAAAUGUAUUUAAAUUUUAAAAACUUGGGUUAUUUUAUUGUAAAAAUAAAUUGCUGAUAAAUGUUUUUUACAGAUGAAAAUAAAUACUUGUUUUGAUUAAAUAUACACACAUUUGCUGAUAUUAUAUAAAAGAAAUAUCAGAAUAUUUGAGGCUUAGAUUUUUUAAUUCUUCAAACGAUUCAGCAUAAUCAACUUCUGAAUCCAUUGCUCCAAGCCCUGGAAUCUUAUUAAUGUUAAUUGAUUUAGCAUUUUCGUAUAAACUGUUUAAAACAUUUCCGAUUUCCCUGCUGUUGUGCAUACCACCAAAUGCAAUAAAUUCUGCUAACGGUCCGUAGCAGUUAUCAAUCAAUGAUAAAUUAAAAGAUUCAUCUAUCACUUUUGGAAAAGUCCGUGGAACCCUAAAUCUGGAUAUACAAGAACCAACAGAAGAUAGUACUCUAGGAAAGUUGUUGUAUAAGUAGAGCUUCAAAAAUUUGUUUACUGACUCUGGAUUAUAAUCUAUUUGAUUUUUUCCUAAUCCUUUUGCUGCAACUGACUGAACAUCAAUAUUUUCUGGUUUUAUCUCAACAUACGGGGUUAGGGAGUCAAAAAAAUUUCCUGAUAACUUCUCAAUCGAUGAAAAUUCAUUUCCUCCUCGCUCGAUAGGAACUGGCAAUUUUAAUCCUGCUGCUGCUACAGUUCGCCCAUAAUAACUCAUUGAAGUUGCAAGACUAUGUAAGCAAUUGGAUUUAAUUUGUAAUCUGUAUGGUAAAGUAAACAAGUCUAAUGCUGAUGCAAGUAAUGCACUGGUAUGAUACAUCAAGUCUUGUCUAUACUUAAUAUUAUUAAUAACUCGAAUUCUAGGAUUUUUCCCCCAAGGAUCAAAUAUAUGACUCAUAGGCGUAAUUAAAUUACAGUAUUGAGAUGACACAGAAAGGCCAGAAGUUAAAGAAUAAAUCUUUUUAGAUUUUUUUCUGUAUUGAGUAACUACAUCAUCACUACGUGAUAGGUCAGUAUAUAAAACUGGUACAGCUAAAAUUACCUUUUUAUGGUAUUCAUCAUGUAAUAGUUCCAAACAGCCAGAAGAAAUUCCUGAAUAGCCAUUGUCACCAUCAUAGAUCACCUGAAAACCUUGGAAAUUGUCAGCUUCCUCCAUGAAGAAUCUUGUGUUUUCUUCAAUGUCUUCAUGAAGAGAUGUUCUGUUCCACAAGGAAAUUCCUGAGUUGAAGUCAGUGAACUUAUCAUAACUAUCAUAGUAGUCUGUAUUUUUCGGCAAAGUUACUACAGUCUUAUUAUUAAACUCAGUAAUUAUAUAAUCUGACCAAGAAACAAUAUUUUCAUCAAGAUUAUAUGAGUUUUUCCAUAAAAAGGUAUUGUUCGGAUUAGACUCUUGUUCACUUAUUUGUUUUUCUUUAAUUACGUCUGAUAUAUAUUCAUUUCUUUCCCAUUUAUUUUCUUUUACUACAACUUCUGUUUCACCACCUUCUUCAGCAGAAUUCCCUGAAGUUUUAUAACACCCUUCUCUGGAUAGAAAGCCUAAUGCAUCAGAGUCAUCUAGAAUAACUAACCUUGGAGUGUAUGUUGAUUUUGAGCCAUGUGAACUUUCUCGAAACAAUGCAUCAUGAUUGAUUCCAGACUGAAAUUUAGGAUUGUAGCUAAAACAUGAUUCUUGAAUAUUAUAAAAGUGUGUCACUACAUGAGAAGCAUAAUGUCCCAAAGCAAAGGUUACAAUCUCAUUUCCCGGAGAAAACAUUUUUCAAUUUUUAAAGAAUUUCAGUGCACUGCUAUGAACAAUUAAUAAAUUAUCUUAUUAAUUAUUUUUUGAUCAUCAUUAUUCUUAGUUUACGAACAUAUUUUCGUAUAAACGAUAAAUGGUUAAGAACACUUAUGACUAUAUUUGAAAUGGAGAUGUUUACUAAACAAAGUUCGAUGGUCGUUCAGAAGUGACUCGUAUGGUUGUCAAUAUCAGAGAAAUAGAUAAUUUCUCUUAAAAUUAUAAGUUGAACCAGAAUUGAGUUAUGG